CAGUGAGCGUGGUCGCGCAGAUUCACCGGUGUUUACAGGUGAGACCGAAAAGCAGCUGAUUUUAACGUUUCUGUGGUUAUCGAUAUGCAACGGACUGUCACCUCGAUGACGUCAGGCAGAGCCGUGACAUAGUUACGACUGACACGUGCGUGUAGAGUCCCAGCUGACCGUUAGCUUAGCUGUUAGCAUGUAGCUCCUUAGUAAACAAACAGAAACCUGACCAGUGAUCGAUACCGGCUGAUCAACAGGAAGUGACGCAGACGCGAAUCGCGCCGAUCCUUCAAUGGCUGAUCAGCUGAUCGCCACAGAAGAACAGUGAGGCUCAGCAGGAACUGAAGCUGUUAGCUCAGUGCAGCUAGCUGGCUAACACUGGCUCUGUGUGACGUCAAAGGUCAGGCCUCUAAUCAGUUUGUUAAAUUUUUAUUUUAGCUCAGAGUUUCAGAAUGAGCGGAGGAGGCAUACAGAGACACAGCAGGGCCGAGGAGGAGGAGCACGAGGAGGACUUCUAUGACUGUCCGGACACGCUGGAGCCUCCUGACCCCACUGCAGGAGGAGAGGAGAGCCAGCAGGACGUUCAUUUUAAACACACACAGACUGAACGAGGAGACACAGAGAGGGAGGCAGCAGAAGGACACCGGGGAGAGGAGCGGGGAGACAGACUGAAGGAAGAGGAGGAGGUGAAGGAGCAACAAGAUGGAGACUCCCUGCAUGACUCUGACACGGAGCUGAAGGAGGAGGUGAGCCCAGCCGUAGAGUUUGAUGAUGAUUACCUGAGGGAGGUGGAAAAGGAGCUGACCGAGGAGGAGAAGGAGAGUCGACGGCAGCAGAGCAUCAGUCUGAAGGAGGCGGGAAACGCCCACUUUAAGAGGGGAGACUGGGCGGAGGCGGGGCGAAACUACACGGAUGCGCUGUCUGUGUGCCCCGUCUGUUUCAGCAGAGAGCGAGCUGUGCUGUUCUCCAACAGAGCCGCCGCAAGGCUGCACCUGGAUCUGAAGGAGCAGGCGAUCUCAGACUGCAGCAGAGCAAUAGCGCUGGAUCCUGACUACCUGCGGGCGCUGCUGAGGAGGGCGGAGCUUUACGAGCAGACAGAAAAGCUGGACGAGGCUCUGGAGGACUACCAGAAGGUUCUGGAACGAGACCCAAAUAAUGUUGCUGCCAGGCAGGCGGCCAUGAGGCUGCCUCUACAGAUCCAGGAGAGGAACGAGAAGCUGAAGGAGGAGAUGCUUAGUAAGCUGAAGGACCUAGGUAACAUGGUCCUGCGGCCGUUCGGACUCUCCACCAACAACUUCCAGGUGAACCAGGACGCCGCCAGCGGCGCCUACUCCAUCAACUUCAUCCAGAACCCCAACAACAACAACAGGUGAUGAUGUCACAGUGAUGUCGUUGCUCACAGCUGUGACAUCACACCACAGAGCAGCGGUUCACCUGUCUGCUGAUCAGUUUAGUUACUGAUCAUGAAGAAGCCAGUACGGACUGGUUAUUGAUUGGUGAUUGACUCUUAAUGAAGAGGAAUAAAAAACCUCUGAAAGGUAAUCUGUUCCAACCAGACUCCAUUCAUUUUCUGUCUGAUUUAAGCUGCUCUGAUGAAACUCUUAACUUGGAGCUUCUAUGCGUCACCGCAGUUACCUCUGACGGUGUUGAGCUGGAUUAGGCCCUCCUCUGUGCUGAAGCAGUUCCAGCUGUGAGUCUUUAUUAAUAAAGUAAGCAGACAGGC